UGGGCGGGGAAUGUGGCUGGUAAUCUGGCAGCCUCCGAGAGAGAAGAUUAAAAAUGCCAGAGCCAUUUAACAGAUGGUUAGCUGUUGAAUUCUGACACUUCUUUUAAAUAGCUUCCUGCACCAAGGUCUCCACUGGGAAGAAUUCAGGAAAAAUAGCAGUGGAGAAGAGAGUCAACACAUGUACCAUGGCUAUACCUAUAACAGUGCUUGAUUGCGAACUCUUACUGUAUGGCCGAGGUCACCGGACAUUGGACCGUUUUAAGUUGGAUGAUGUGACCGAUGACUACUUGAUGUCCAUGUAUGGGUUUCCUCGACAGUUUAUUUAUUACUUGGUGGAGCUCUUGGGAGUGAGUCUUUCUAGACCUACUCAGAGACCCAGGGCUAUUAGCCCAGAGACACAGAUCCUCGCAGCACUGGAUUUCUAUACGUCAGGCUCCUUCCAGACUUGGAUGGGCGAUGCUAUAGGAAUCAGCCAGGCAUAUAUGAGUCGAUGUGUUGCCAACGUCACCCAAGUGCUUGUGGAAAGGGCCUCGCAGUUCAUUCGCUUUCCAGCUGACAAAGCCUCCAUUCAGGCUCUGAAGGAUGAAUUCUAUGGGUUGGCUGCGAUGCCAGGGGUACUAGGAGUGGUUGAAUGUAUCCAUGUGGCAACCAAGGCACCAAAUGCUGAAGAACUCUCCUACGUGAACCGCAAAGGUCUGCAUUCUUUAAACUGCCUGAUGGUGUGUGACAUCAGAGGCGCACUAAUGGCUGUGGAAACAAACUGGCCAGGCAGCCUGCAGGACUAUGCUGUGCUGCAGCAGUCUUCUCUCAGUAGCCAGUUUGAAGCUGGCAUGCACAAAGAGAGCUGGCAGCUUGGAGACAGUUCUUCCUUUCUCCGUACCUGGCUUAUGACACCACUUCACAUUCAUGAAACUCCAGCUGAAUAUCGCUAUAAUGUGGCCCAUUCUGCAGCUCACAGUGUGAUUGAGAAGAGUUUCCGAACCCUCUGCUUCCGAUUCCGCUACCUGGGUGGGUCCAAGGGGGCUCUACAGUACUCACCAGAGAAGUCCAGCCACAUCAUCUUGGCUUGUUGUGUCCUCCACAACAUCUCCUUGGAGCAUGGAAUGGAUAUUUGGUCCUCUCCAAUGACAGGACCCAUGGAACAACCCCCUGAGGAAGAGUAUGAGCACAUGGAGUCCCUGGGCCUAGAGGCUGACCGGAUCCGUCAGGAGCUGAUAUUCACUCAUUUUAGCUAAUGUGAAAGGUGGGAGCGGGGACGGAAACUUCCCAGAAGGAGCUAUGACAAACUUUCUGCUUCACCAGCCUCUACACAGUACCAUCAUCUAGCAUAACUAAGUGUGGACACUUGUCACAAAUUUACAUUUAAUCUGUGUGUUUUUUAGAAGAGUUGUGGCUAUACCAGAACAUUUUGAUUCAUUUGUAUUUCUAUUAUUAUUAACUGAAAAACUAGGACAACACUUCCCUACUAUGCAUUGAACUCCAGGUUGAGCCUCAAUUACUUGACAGCACACUGGUUGCGGACAUUUAUGAUUGUGCCUAUAAGCAAAGGAGAAGAUGGCAUCUAGCCAGAACACUUUCUUUCUGUUUCAAUUAUCUGGAGAUUUCAAAUGAAAACAAUAUUUAUUUUUCCUGAAUUAUUUGGGUGGCAUUUUAGCUUUUCUACUUUGCUAGAUAGGCAUAAUUUGAGGCAAGUGUAAAAAGUACUAUAGCCGGCUGGUGUGGCUCAGUGGUUGAGCAUCAAUCCACGAACUAGGAAGUUAACAGUUGCUUUCUGGUCAGGGCACAUGCCCGGGCUGUGAGCUUCAUUCCCAGUAGGAAGUGUGCAGGAAGCAGCCAAUCAAUGAUUCUCAUCAUUAAUGUUACUAUCUCUCCUUCUCCCUUCUUCUCUCUCU